AGAGAGAGAGUUGGAGAGGGAGGCGGGGGUGUAUGAGAAUCAACACUGCUUGCCCGUGAUGGGUGGAGAGUGUCCCAACAAAACGAAGGAAAAAACAAGGGGGGGAAGACGAGUGUGGGAAAAAAACCAUUGAGAAAGUGCAAAGACUUCCCGCUCACCUUGCAAUUCCUUUCAAAAGCAAAAGAAGAAUGAAGACGGGAGAAGGUGACAGUGAGCUCGGAGUGGAGCGGUGAAACAAAGGCAGAGAAUGGAGAGUGUCCUAGUGUUGUUGUUGGACAUCCUGUGGGUGAUGGCAGUGUCUGCACAAGGAGGGUCUGCUCCAUAUCAGGACAAUGUGAUUGACCUGCUGUCAGCUCUCCACAUAUCCCACCCAAAGAGCGGCGUGUCCAGACUGCACAGUCCCACGGGGGCCAUGUACAGAAUCCGUCCCAGAGCGCCUCACCUGACGCUCCCCGUCCAGUAUUCCCGAAUCCUGCGCUCUGAACUCCAGGGAAGCUUGGGGCUGUAUUUUGUGGGCCAGCAGCUGCAGCGCACCAACAUCACCCUUUUGUCUCUCUCCACGUCGUCAUCAUCCGUUCUUCUCCAGCUUACCUCCUCCACCUUGGACGAUGUUCUGCAUGUGGACUACCGGGCGGGAGGGGCCGUCCAGGGUUUUCUUUUACCCGGAAGGAACCCCUUCUCUUCAGGGGAAUGGGUGCGGUUGGCCGUCAGCCUGGAGCCAGACAGGCUUGUGUAUUUUGUAGACUGUCAAGAUGUACAAGUCAUCCUCAUAAAACCAGAGCAAAAGUUGCAGCUGGAAGUCCCGCAAGAUGUUGUUGUCACGCUGGGAAGCACACCAGGGAGAAUAGACAGCAAAUUUAGUGGUCAGUUAAAAAAAGCAGAGAUCUCAAUGAAGGCCUACGAGACACGUCCUUGGCACUGUGAUAACAUAACAGAUGCUCUGCCUGCAUCCACUCACAAGCACAGUGCAGAUUCACAUAAUGUCAGUGGCUCAGAACUGCAACGGGAGGCUUCUUCCACCAGCAGUAAAGCCAAAAGGAAGCACAGGGCGCCCCUCCAGAGUGCUCAUUAUCUAACACACAGCAUCCAGAGUGAGCAGCUGCAAAGGGGAGCGGUCCUGGGCCCACCGGGACUCCCUCAAGGGGGGAAGUCCUUUUCGCAGGCCCACAGGGACGAGGGCCUGAGCAGGCUGGAGAGACAGCUGGAGGACCUGGCUCGUAUGCUUGACCAGUUCCAAGCUCAGAAUGAGGAGCUGCAGUCGCGAGUGCGCCACCUGGAGGGAUGCGAGUGUGUGCGGCGGUCAUGUGUGUGGGAAGGCGCAGAGGUUGAGAACGGCCGACGCUGGCAGACCGACAUCAGCACCGUGUGCACAUGCACGGCCGGAACAGUCACGUGUCAAGCCAACAUCAGAGACUGUGAGCCACCCGACACAAAAGUACAUAACGUGUCCCACGGCGUCAACACGUGUGAGGGGGGUGAAAGGGAUUGUUCCGGCGUGGCGUGCCCACCGCUGGACUGCACCCAAAGGGAGAGCCUACCUGGAGAGUGCUGCCAGCGAUGCACAGGCUGCAUCCAAUCUGGCGUGCGUUAUGACCACGGAGCAAAAUGGAGGUCAGCUGAGAGCCCGUGUGAUGUCUGCCACUGUUUGGAGGGCGACAUUCGCUGCGAGAGGGCUCCUUGCCCACCGUUGCCCUGUACCAACCCGGCGCCUCCUCCACACCAUUCCUGCUGUCCAGUGUGUGAAGGCUGUGGUGUGAAUGGUCAUCAUUUCCCAAAUGGAGCGACGAUCCCGACAGGAGAUCGCUGUGAACAAUGCUCAUGUGUGGAUGGCAAUGUGGCAUGUUUACCUCAUCCGUGUCCUGCCUUGUUUUGUCCAAAUCCAGUGCACCACGCCGGAGACUGUUGCCCACGGUGUGAUGAGUGCGAGUACGAGUCUCGAGUGUAUCUGGAUGGACAAAAGUUUCCCUCCACGGAUGACCCUUGCGUCGAGUGCCGCUGUUCUGCAGGUGAAGUGUCCUGUGAGCGCACGGAGGCGUCAUGUCCUGCGCCACGUUGCAGCCACCCGGUGAAACGCAAGGGAGAAUGUUGUCCAACGUGCAAUGAGUGCGAGUUCGAGGGACGGGUGUACACUGACGGAAAAGCGUUCGUCCCGCCUGGAAGUGGCCCCUGCCUGCAGUGCAAGUGUAAGAGCGGCAACGUUGUUUGCCACGAAGAAAAGUGUCCUCCUGUGAGAUGCUCCAACCCCGUACGAGAUCCGCAUCGCUGCUGCCCCUUCUGCAAAGAAUGCGCGCUGGACGGCUCCGAAUACGGAGAUGGCUCCGAGCGGCACCCCGAGGAUCCGUGCUCUAGCUGCAAGUGUGAGGAUGGAGACCCUCAGUGCACCCGCAUCCAAUGCCCCCCCAUCACUUGUUUGCAUCCCACCAAGACCGCAGGCUCCUGCUGUGCAGCGUGCGACAGCUGCACGUAUCAUCGCCGUAUCUACGGCAACGGACAGACGUUUGGGACGCCCGAGCAGCCGUGUCACAUCUGCACUUGCCUGCACGGCACUGUGGCGUGUGAGAGAAGACCUUGUCCAGCACUCAACUGCAGUAACCCAUACACAGUGCCCGGAGAGUGCUGCCCUAAAUGUCCAGACUGCUUGUUGGAGAAUCACGUGUUUGUGGACGGCCAGGCCUUCCCCAACCCGACCAGCGCGUGUGAGGAGUGCAAGUGCGUGAGCGGCGCAAUUGACUGCCGGCAGGCUCAGUGCCCUCGGCCGCACUGCAACGCGCCUCUCUCGGGCGCCUGCUGCAGGAACGACUGCAACGGAUGCAGCUAUGCCGGGAAGGAGCAUCUCAAUGGUCACCAGUUUGCGCAUCCCACUGACCCAUGCAGGACCUGCAGCUGCAUUAAUGGAAACGUCCAAUGUCUUAUGAAGAGGUGCCCACCCCUGUCAUGCUCCAACCCGCACGUGUUGCCCGGAGACUGUUGCCCUCAGUGUCCUGCGCCCCCUCUGGAUUGCGAGUUGGACGUCCAAACGUACCGACACGGCGAGCGCUUCUACUCGCCUUCGGACCGCUGCCAAUUGUGCUCCUGUGCCAAUGGCACCGUCCACUGUCAGAGGAAGCCGUGCCCCUUCGACUCGUGCUCCCAUCCUGUCACGCGGGAUUGCUGCCGCACCUGUCAAGGCUGCCUGUACGAAGGUCGAGAGCGAGCCAACGGGGAGAUGUGGGACGACGCCUCGGACCCGUGCGCCGCCUGCGUGUGCCACGAGGGCUCCGUCAGGUGCGAGAAAAAGCGCUGCCCCCCCAGCAACUGUAAGCACCCUGUGCAGCGGCACUGCUGCAAGUCCUGUGACGCCUGCUUGUAUAACGGGAAGGAACAUGGCGACGGCACUGAGUUUGUUGACGACAAGGACCCCUGCGCCGUGUGCUAUUGCUAUGCAGGCGAAGUGGUCUGCACUAAGUUGCCUUGCCACGGAGACUGCCGCCACCCGUACAAAGCACCCGGACAAUGCUGUGCGGAGUGUGAACGCUGCUUUUACACUGGAAAGGUGCUGGCUAAUGGACAAUCCAUUCCUGACCCAGGGAAUCCUUGCUCCGAGUGCACCUGCCAGACUGGCACUGUGCGUUGUGUGAAAAAGUCAUGUCCCGUGACGCUGUGCCCUCACCCGGUCACAAACACGUGUGGUUGUCCCGUGUGUGACGGUUGCCACUACCAAGGGGUGGAUUACAUCGACGGGCAAAUCUUGGCAGGAGGAGAGAGCAGCUGUCAGGAGUGCACAUGCUCAAGGGGCGAGGUGGCUUGUACGCAGAAACGAUGUCCCGCCGUGUCCUGCUCUCAUCCGGCGGUGGACGGAUGCGCGUGCGGCGUUUGCGACGGGUGUCACUUUGAGGGGCGGAACUGGUUCAACGGGGAACGAUUUCCUCAUCCAACAGAUGGUUGUCAGCUCUGCUCUUGUCUGAAUGGCGACGUGGUGUGCUCACACGUGUUGUGCCCGAGCACCACCUGCUCGCAUCCCGUCACCCCCCCAGGCGAGUGCUGCCCCAUCUGCACGGGGACGUGUCGGCAUCACGGGAGGGAAUAUCAAUCUGGCUCCACCUUCCCGUCGCCCUCUGACCCUUGCUCCUCCUGCUCCUGUCUGGAGGAGGUGGUGAGCUGUCAGAGGAGACCUUGUCCCGUGCGGUGUUCCCACCCCGUCCCUUCGGAGGCCUGCUGUCCCGUGUGCGACUCCUGCCUGUACGAGGGCCUGGUCCGCUCCCACGGCCUGGCUUUUGCGCCCUCCUCCGAGCCUUGCCAGCGUUGCACUUGCGUGAGGGGCACGGUCACCUGCGUGCCCCUCACGUGCCCACCAGCGCCCUGCAGCCGAGCCGUCACCAUGCCGGGGCAGUGCUGCCCUGAAUGCACAGGAUGUAUUCUGGAUGGACAAGAAUACCGCGAUGGGCAGAAAUGGACCCUGACCUCAAACCACUGCUCUACAUGUACCUGCCAGGCUGGCGAGGUGCAGUGUGCAUCUCCACAGUGCCCCAAGUUGGCUUGCAUGCAUCAGCUGACCGAGCCGGCGGCCUGCUGUCCUCGCUGCAGAGGUUGCAUGUACGACGGACUCGAGUACGCGGAAGGAAGCAGCUGGUUUGCCGACUCGUCCCAGUGCCGCAGCUGCAUGUGCGUGGACGGGGUGACGACAUGCUCAGAAAUCCGUUGCCUGUCCCCAUGCAGCAACUUCAUCAAGGUGCCCGGGGAGUGCUGCCCCAUGUGUGCCGACUGUGUGUUUGAGGGCAAGGUGUACGGCCCAGGAGACAGCUUCCAUCCGGCUGGAGACCCCUGCCAGGUCUGCACCUGUGAGGUGAUGCCAGACGGAGAGCAGCAUCUGCGCUGUUACCGCAAACAGUGUCCUAGUUUGGUGGACUGUCCCAAGAACAACAUCUUGUUCUCUGGACCCGACGCCUGCUGUCCUGUCUGCGCACAGCCUCUGAGUAACUGCACUUCUACACUGAUCGGCAAUGAGGUCCUGGCUACAGACAACCCCUGUUUCACCUGCCAUUGCAGGGAUCAAACAUGGACGUGCCUACAUCGAGGCUGCCCCCCACUGACUUGUCCUUCCAGUGAGCAGUUCACCCCUCCAGACUCGUGCUGCCCCGUGUGCAAAGAUUGUGUGAUCGAGGGUCAGAAUCGACGAGUGGCGAGUGGCAGCAGCUGGACGGACAGUGACGACAAUUGUGUCACUUGCACCUGUAACUUGGGCUACAUUGAGUGUAGCAUUGAAGAGUGUUCAUCCGCGCCCUGCCCCGAUGAUCAGAAGCAAGUGAAAGUUGCAGGGAAAUGCUGCCAUGAAUGUCGAGACUGGGCCAUGUCAUGUGUGCACCAGGGCACGGUGUACCAGGCCCACGAGCAGUGGCAGGUGGACGAGUGCACCGGCUGCACUUGUGUGUCUGGAGAGGUGCACUGCCACAGUGAACGCUGCCCUCCCCUCAGCUGCAAUACGGAUGAGAUGCCAUCGGUGGUACCAGGCUUGUGCUGCCCUCACUGCAUCCCCCGGCCGGCCACGUGCAUUGCGUUCGGCGACCCUCACUACCGCACCUUCGACGGGCGCAUGCUUCACUUUCAGGGGACGUGCACCUAUGUCCUGGCGCAGGACUGCCAGGGCGGAGACUUCAGUAUCCACGCCACGAACGAGGACCGCGGACGUCAAGGAGUGUCGUGGACCAAAGAGGUGACGGUCUUCAUCGGUGAUGUCACGGUGCAGUUGCUGCAGGACUGGCUUGUAAAGGUAGACGACGAGACGGUGACGUUGCCGUUCCUCCGAGAGCCCUACAUCUACUUGGAACGGAAGGGCAACACCAUCUUGCUCAACAGCAACAUCGGGCUCAAGGUCCAGUGGAACGGCCGUUCCCACCUGGAGGUGAGCGUUCCGGGCUCCUACAAGGGACUCACCUGCGGCCUCUGUGGAAACUUCAACAACUACCAUCAGGAUGACCUCGGCAUGCCCAGCGGACAGAUAAGCCUGUCGGAAGCCGACUUCGGCAACAGCUGGAGGGUGACAAACGGAAGUCACUCACUGGCAACCUGCCGCCCGGGCGAGGAUGUGGACCCCUGCAGGGAGGCAGGCUAUCAUGCCCGCAAAAGCGCCAACGCCCGCUGUAAGGUCCUCAAGACGGCGGCGUUCAGGCCAUGCCACCGCGUGGUGCCCCCUGAGGCCUGGUACGCCGCUUGCGUCUACGACCUGUGUGCCUGCGGGGCCAACACCGAUGAGUGUCUGUGCGACGCCCUGGAGGCCUAUGCCGGACAGUGUCGGGAGGCCGGCGUUGUCCUGCAGUGGAGGGGACCCUCACUGUGCGCGGUGAGGUGCCCGGUGGAGAGGGGCUUCGUGUUUGACGAGUGCGGACCGCCGUGCGCCGUCACCUGCCUGAAUGUGGGCGCUCCACUGGGGGUGCUAGAGAGCCACUGCUUCAAGCCCUGCGUGCCCGGCUGCCAGUGCCCCGCCGGCCUGGUGCUGCACAACAACUACUGCAUCCAUCCCAGCAAGUGCCCCAAGAUCAUCCACGGCAACCAGUCUCAUCAAUCCAUUCACGAUAGCACACGUCCGUCCUCACUUGAGUCGUCGGCAAGCUGGAGAUGGCCCGGCUGUGAUUCGGACGAGAAGUGGGGUUGCACCCUUGAUUGGUUUGCAUGCCAAUCACAUAGGUCCUACACACAACAAACCAUUCACAGCUACACAUGAUUUGGAGUCUUCAGUGAAGCCAACAUGCAUGUUUUGCAGGAGAAAGCCAGAAAGUCCAGUGCCAGAGGCAAAAUGCAAAACCCUGAACCUUCAAACUGUGAGGCUGAUGCGUCAACCACUAAUUCCACCGUGCUUCCUACAUUCAACAGUGACUGACUAUAAAGUGCUAUUUAUAUAGACCACAUUCACUUCUAAUUUUUUGUUAUUUUUUUUUGAAUAAACACAUUUCUACAUGUUCAA